CCAUGGCUGCGCUGCGCUAGACAAGCUCUUUCUGAACCACCAAUCGUCAGCCAGCACCGGCAAGCACUGGGAGUGGCCAGCAUCAAAGUCGAUCAUCCCACCUCGAGGUACUUUUGCUCGAGCUUUGCCUGCGGCAUUCAGCCUCAAAGAGCAGGACGGGAUAUUUUGCCUGGCCAUAUCGCGCCGUCGGUCGACACAACGAGGCCACCUUAAUGAAUCCUUCCUGUGCCCGCAAUCUUCUCAACUGCACCAAGCGCCGCAGUCACCUUGCGGCUUCACUCCAACGGGCUUCCAAGGGUCUCGCAUCAGCACGGACAUCUACCUCACUUCACACACAGAACCCCGGUGUUGCCGCACACCUUCAAGGCCCAUCAUUCCGACGUGCCACACAAAUAUCCCUUUCCCGGUCCCCCAAUCACCGAUUCUCUACGUCGGCACGCAAAAUGGCCCCAGCUGACCUGGUCGAGCCGCCGUUGCCCACGCCGGUCAACACGGCAGGCGACCUGGUCGAGGCUGCCAAGAGGGCUGCGGGUCGCAAGGCUGUCGAGGACUAUCUGAGCCACGACUACCGCUAUGUCGGCAUCGGCAGUGGCAGCACGAUCAAGUACGUCGUGGAGGCCAUUGCCGAUCUGCCGCGCGAAGUCACGGCCAAGAUGAAGUUUGUGCCCACCGGGUCCCAGUCGCGCGAGCUGAUUCGCGAGGCCAAGCUCACGGUCCUGGCCAUCGACGACCUGGUCCUCGAGUUCAACGAGCGCGUGCCUGGGCAGCAGUACCUCGACGUGUGCUUCGAUGGCGCCGACGAGGUCGACCCGGAGCUCAACUGUAUCAAGGGCGGCGGCGCGUGCCACUACCAGGAGAAGCUCGUCGCCAAGUUCUCCAAGCAGUUUGUCUGCGUCGCCGACUACCGCAAGGAGGUCCCCAACCUGCUCACCAGCUGGGUUGGCAUCCCGAUCGAGGUGCAGCCCUUGGCCACCGAGGCCGUGCGUCGCGAACUGUUGUUGCUGGGCUCAAAGAAGCCCUUUGUGCGUUCUGGACUGCCCGGAAAGGCCGGCGCCAUCGUCACUGACAAUGGCAACAACGUCAUUGAUGCUCCCUUCCCCCCGUUACUGCUCAACAGCCAAGUCGACCAGAUGGAUCCCUCCAGAGGGCUGUGGACCGUGGACGCCCUGGCGCAACGGAUAAAGUCGAUCACGGGUGUGCUCGAGGUCGGUGUGUUCUCGGGUCUCACCGGACCACAGGCUCUGCAGCAGGGUAUGGGCGGUGAGAAGCCGGUCAAGGUUUACUUUGGCAUGCAGGAUGGUAGUGUCAAGACCCUGGGUUGAGAAGGACCCUGACCAGCCAUUGUAGAAGAGAUCAGGGCGUGACAAAAAAUAUUGGUGCUUGAUUCUGUGGAUACAUUUCCAAUACCUGCCAUCUGCAAUUAAGGAGGGCGAAACGAAGAAC